AGAUCGGUCACAAGCCUGGUAUUUCCCUAAACGAAGCUCAGAACAUGACUUCUAUAGCACAAGGAAAGUCGCUCGCUAAAUCCUGCAAAACUUUUUAUUUUUUUUUCUGGAGCAAAACAUUAUUAUUAUUUUUUUUAACUUAGUCCAAACUUUUUCCAUUAUGGAGAAGAUGUGUUGGAUUGUAUUUGGAUUGUCGGUGUUAUGGGUUAGUGGGACGCUGUGUUUUCCUGUACAGCCGAAAGUCCUGGAGAAUCUGCCAUCCCAUAACCGGACACUCCGGGAAACGCAGUGCCACGAGGACGACGAGUAUUCAUUCCAAGAAAUGUGUUGUCACAAAUGCCCAGCAGGUACACACGUCGCUGAUCAUUGCACCGAGAACCACCGACGCGGAUCAUGCCGGCCUUGUUCUGCCGGACAGGAUUAUUUGGCAAGCCCCAGUGGAUUCGAAGCAUGCUUGACCUGCUUGAUGUGUAGACUAGAUCAAGUCCAGGUGUCCGCGUGUACCCCGAAAAGCGACACAGCCUGCCAAUGCAAACCCGGGACUUACUGCAUCCCUGGAGACGUAUGCGAAAUCUGCAAUAAGUGCUCAAGAUGUGGCAAAGGAAAGCGCGUUAAGGAGGAAUGCACCGCCACAAAGAAUACCGUAUGUGAAGAUAUUCCGAUAACACGACCUACCUCAAACACGACCAGCUCAUACCUCCUGCCAAAAGAUCUAACUUUGUCUAAGAUUGUCAGUUCAACCCCUGAAACAGAUGCCAUAAAACCCCUCAACUCAACACCUGAAAAAGAUGUCCCAAAGGAUCCCGACCCCAAAAACGAAAAUGAUAACCAACCUACAAAUGUCUUUUUGGUGGCAUUCAUUGUCUUAUCGGUAAUAUCAUCAUUAAUUAUCGUAGUCAUUGGUGUUUGGUGCAUCCACAAAAAAACAAAAAAGCAAAACCCCAACCAGACUUUGCUCGCUAACAGCACCGAUCCCAGCGCCAACUCUUCCAUACAGUCCACGCCGAUAGCUGACAGGGCCAAUCAAGGGGUACCACAACCACCUCCGGAGACAGUGUCACUACUGAGAAGCUGCAAUGCUAUGGACCCGUCUAAUGGGGUGACCGAGCCCACAGAACCUUCCAACACACAGGGACCCCAAGGCAGUGAAGAUCCUGGGCCUGGCGGAGAUGACAGAGGAGGAGGGGGAGGAGGAGCCGCUCAGGACAACGAACCCUGUACUUACUGUGGUCUGCUUCAGCCUUGUGACUGCUAUUGGACGCCUUGCUUCCACAGUAUCAUUGACAGUGUCCGCAUGGAAUACAUCGUUCGCCUUGUGAGAGACCUGCGUGUGCCCAAUAACACCAUAGACUGUAUAAUUAAAGACAAUCCUAACAAUACUUAUGAACAAUGUUAUAAACUGCUGGAACGCUGGCGGACCCUGACGGGCAAGCAAGCCUCUAUGGAGACCAUCUUUAGCGCCCUCCGGAACAUGGAGUUGGGCGGGUGUGUUGAAAACAUUAUAAAUUCUAUAAGGAGUAAAAACAUUCCAAACGUUUAGGGUCCUGGCGUCUGGAACGGCCACGAUUUUGUUGGAUAUUUCUGUGGCGUUAAAACUUGACCUCUUGAAGGCCAUUUUUGCCCAUUGGAGGCCAUCUAAUUACGGAAUCUCUUGAGGGUGUUUCUUAAAGAGAACACUUCGGGGUUCCAUUGUGGUUUUUAACUUUUGAGAUGGGGAGGGGGGGGGGGGAGACGCCCCUUCUAUUGUCUUUUCUGUACAAUGGCCACAAAAUAAGGGGAACUGAAAGUUGGAUAUUAGAUUUUCUAUGUCUAUGUCUUUCAGGCCAAUACGGUAUUACGGUAAAACUAGAGAAUGUCUCUAGUUAAAAAAGGUACCUGGAUGGAUUGCUGAUAACCAGCUAACAUGCGUCGCAUAUAAUAUACAGUAUUUCGUUUUAUAAUUCAGCUUCCGGAGAGGAAGUCGCCUUAUUUUCUUUUUUGUAUUUAAAACGAAGGAUAAAAUGUGUGUCAAAGUUUAAAGCCAACUUACAAAAGCCAGCUGUGGAAAGUAGCAGAAUAUUUAUGUUUUUUUUGUAUCAAGCUGCUUUUAUGAUACAGUUUACUGGGCUACUUUUGUAUGGUUUUUAUUACUUUCUUCAUGAAUUAUAUACUGUACUAUAUAACAGAAUGCUAUUUUGUACUUUAGGAUUCGGCUAAAGCAAACGUAUGCUUUGCCUAUGACGGGUUAAGGACCUAAUUUACACUGGCGGUGGUGAAAAAAUAGAGGGUUGAUCCCCAAUUUUUUACCACUCCUUACCUACAAGUGGAUAUGGCAGCUGCUUAGUUCUGUUUACAUUGCUGCCCCCCCUGUCAAGCUUGCCCAUUGAAGUCAAUGGGACAGCACAGCAAUCACGAGCCAAACAUGGCCACGGCUGUUUUUUGGUGCGGUAGUUCACUGUAAAAUCACAAAUGUGAUUG